ACACGAGUGUGAAAGACCAGAGCCUGAGGCGUGUAAUGAAACAAUAAAAUUCCGUUGAUAUAAAAUUUUAAUUGCUUGAAACUUUGGCUUGGGGGUAGAUCGUUAACAAUCGCUUUAAUUUGUUCAUUUUUGCCGAAAGAAUAAGACAAGACGGCCUAUCUCGAAUCUUUGGACUCGAGUAUAUCAGGACAAUAUGAAUGUUUUUUCUGUCAUUGCCAAUUGCAUCCUAUUCAUCCUACUGUUGGCAUUGCGUUUGGCCGUGAAUGCUUCUUCAGCGGAAGAAUCGUGGAAAAAUAUCGGCAGCUGUGGACAAGGAUUAGCUUGUAAUCCACAAUGUCAAUUGGCGUGCCUAAAGAUGCAUAAUUACUACCGUAGUUUACACAAUUCACCACCAUUGCAUUGCGAUUCUGAGCUGGCCAAGUCAGCUCAGCGAUGGACGGAUCAACAAGCCAAAACUAGAACUAUGCAUCAUUCACAAUGGACGGAUAAAUAUACUGAGAAUAUUUCUUGGAAAGGUGGAGACUGGCCAGGCAUGAAUCAAGUUGAAACCGCCGUUAAAGGGGCUGUGAGAAGUUGGUACUCUGAAAUAAAAAACGACUACAAUUAUCAGACUGGGAAAAGCAAUGAUCGUAAAACAGUCGGACAUUUUCAGGCAGUCGUAUGGAAAAAUACCCAGAAGAUCGGGUGUGGUAUCAAUAUAAUACCUGGUCAUGGUACCUACGUAACUGUCCACUACUACCCAGCUAGCCACGCUCAUAUGAAUUAUUUCGAACUUGCUGUCGGUCAGGUGAUGCCAAAAAAGGAGCCAGCGUCUAAAUGUCGUGCGCGGUCGUCGGAGCGAGAGCCUUGUGAUAAAAAUCUGCAACGACUACAAGCUCCUUACGUUGUUCCUGACGAAUGCCUGAAGAAAGGAUGUUGCUAUGACGACGUGUUUCUAUCGGAGCCUUCAGUUUCCCACUACGACCGAGAGGGUAGAGAGUGGUGUUUUAAACCCAGCAAAUAAUGUACAUUUACUCAUGACGGUUCCACAAAAAGAUCAUAUUUACUUAAUCAUACAUCCAGCAAUAAUUAAUAUUAUACUUCAUUUUAGUUACGUUUGUACUGACAUUGUCAUGUCAUGUUAA